AUGAGGAGGCUGGUGACGCAACUGGACGAGACACUCGCCGACAUGCAAACGAGCAAGGCAAUAAGUAAAUCGGUACGACUGGCUAUUAAGCCAGUAGACGCGGCCGCGCCACGCUUUUACGGACUACCAAAGGUACACAAAGCCGGGGUCCCCCUCCGGCCAAUCGUAUCAUUGCGCGGCGCACCUACAUUCAAUUUGGCCAAAUGGCUGUUCCGAAACCUGAGGUCUCUCACCUCGGACGCGGGCACGACGGUCUGUUCAGCUACUCAGUUCCUGGAGCGGAUCAAAGGGAUGAGACUUACCGAAGACGAGGUCAUGGUGUCAUUCGACGUCACCUCUCUUUUCACCUCGAUCCUGCAAGACCUGGCAAUCGAAACGGUCAGGGAGCUGCUCGAGAGUCAGUACGACGAGACGGACGUGACGGUAAAAAGAAGACAUCUAGUCCAAUUGCUGAGAUUCUGCCUGAAGACGUACUUUACCUUUGAAGGCACGACCUACGAGCAGGUCAAGGGGACGCCAAUGGGAUCGCCGCUCUCGGGCUUCAUCGCGGAGGCAGUUCUCCAAAAAGUAGAGAUCCUCGUUUUCUCAACCUAUUAG